UCUGUCAGCAGCAGCAGGCAUUGGUGUGGAUGACUUGCGCCGACUUUGCCUCCUCCGUCUCAGCUUUGUCAAGGGCUGGGGACCUGAUUAUCCCAGAAAGAGCAUCAAGGAAACCCCUUGCUGGAUAGAGAUCCAGCUUCAUCGCCCACUGCAGCUUCUGGAUGAAGUUCUGCAGGCCAUGCCAAACAAUGAUCUUCGGCCAGGACUUUCGUUUUUUCUGCCUUGA